AUGGGUCGUCAAACGUUUCAGGUAGACAAGACCAGAUAGUGGCACUAAUAUCAAAAAUUAAAUUCCUUGUACCGAGACAAUAAAACGGUUUCAUUCGAUUGAAUAAGUUGAAAUGAAAAGGCGCGUUGAAAUGAAAAGGCGCGUUUGCUUUUUGAUACUAAUAGACACCUUAAGAUUGACGUUUAUUUUAUUUACGCCUAACCGCAAACCGCGGUUUGCCGUUAGCGGUUUCACGUUUGCCGUACUUGCAAAUAUGAAAUUAAGAUUGACGUUUUUCUUCGCGUUCAAUUUUUUUCCGUCGAAACUAUAGUAUAGGAUCCAUUUGAAUUGUGCCAUCCUGUCAAAAAAACAAAUGUCAUUACCAAUUUGAAUUGAAAUAUGAAAGUAUAAAUGUAAGUAAGAAAUAUGCAAGUCAGUGUUUAAACACGGACUGUGAAAAGGUCAUCAGUGAUUUUGAACUUGCUUUAUCGUGAAUGUUCAAAUGUAAACGUUUAUUUAUUAAAACGAUUCAAAACACGACUUAAAAUAAAGCACUCAGAAUAUGAAAAAUUUCUCGUUAAAAACAACUUUUAUCCAUCCAAAUCAAAGAUAAGAUGCAUAUUUGUCUUAAUAUAUGUCAUAUACGUGCAAUGAAGUAAUAACAGUUGAAUAAAAUGCUGAAGUAAAUCACUUACCUGUAGAAUGCACUCUUGAGGUUUAAAACGUGAGCGAUUUAUGGCAAACGUGACGGCAAGCUCCUGGUCACGUGGUUUCUAGUGGUUUAGCGGUUAGACGUUUGCGAAAAAUACGUCAAUCUUAAGGUGUCUAAUGACUAUUGGAAUGUUCGCUAAUGAAGUUACGGUUGAUUUUUCAUGCAUGUCUGUUAAAUAUUUAAUUGACCAUCAAUAUCAGAGGUUAUGCAUAAAGGAGAUAAGAUCUUGUUGUUUGAGUAAGAUCACUAAAUAAGAACUUGUUGUUUGAAUAUUAGGUAAAACAAGAGCAAAUCAAGAAGUUGACAGUUACAGUUGUCAAAGCAAGUGAUAUCAGCGUUGAAGGAUUCCUGACGCAAUGUGAGUGAAACCAAUGCAGAAUCCGUGCCUCUAUUAUGAACAAAUCUUUACGUUUCAAUAACUUAAUAAUUUUUUUCUGUUCUAGGGGAAAGACCAGAUCCGUAUGUGAUGUUGAGAGUUCGUACCAGUCCUAACAGCAAGCAACAGACGACGGUCAAGUCUGAUACAUACAACACAGUCUGGAAUGAAAACUUUACAUUUUACUUGAAUCAUGACAAGAAAAAUACACUGGGUAUGCGUGUGCAUGGAUUUUUACACCCUCCCCCACCCCCCUCCAAUAUAGAAUUAGGUUUUUACCAUGAAUGGAUGGUGUCUCUGCAAUAUUUUUUGAGAUCAUAUAGUCUAUCAAGAAAUGAUGAUGUCAUUGUUCUAUGUUUUGGUCAGAAGUCGUUGUGCUAUGUUUUUGUCUGAACGACUCAAAAUGUAUAUACUGUACGUGGGUCGGAUUGUAUUUGACAAUGUGUUGUAUUUCUGUUCACCAGAAGUGACAAUGAAAGAUUCGGAUUAUGGUUCAGAUGACAUGAUUGGUACACAACAAGUUGACUUGGAUGACCUUGAUUUGGACACUGAGAUCACGAAAAUACUGAAAGUUAACCAGGUAUAAGAGAAUGUCUCUAGCGGGAUAUUGAUGGUAUAUGUGUGUGUAUAAUUUUGAAAGACCUAUAAAAGUGUGAUACCAAAUAUCACAAUUCACAAGCAUUGUUUAGGAGCAAAUGGCAAGCAUGCAAUCACACCCAUAUAACGUAAUUGUCAUAUUAAAUAAUGACUACAGUAUUUAAUAAAACUUAAGGUAAAGUUAGCAAUAUAGCAAGCAAUAUACGAUUCUGUACAAUGUAUGCCAAUGAUGCCACAACAUACGCAUUUUAUACAAUCUGUUUUGUUCUGUGUGGGAUUCCUUACAGCUCUACUAAUAACAUUUUUAAACCAUUAGAAUUGAUAGCUAUAACUACAUUCAACAACAACGCUAAUUGUUAUGCUUAAUUGACGUCUUGGAAAAAGUAUCUAAUGCCAGUCAAAUGGCACAACUCUGGAUUCGUUACUCAUUUCAUCAAAUGUCUGAACGAUUCAGACAACUUAGACCCGUUUGGCAUAUAUGUUGAAAAUUUCGCUUCCCCAAUUUUUCGUGAAGUGUUCGCCACUGAUGGUGUAGCACGAGCAAGCUGCUCCAUUCACUGUUUGGAGUACUCUGGAUUUUCGGAACACUAAUGGAAUUGAACAGAAGACAGUCACAUGACUGUUCUGAACUGUUCUGAACUGUUCUGACUACCCCGAUUUUCGAGUAGGGGCAGCCAGAACAGACACGUGACACUGCCUAUUUUCACGUGAUCGGAAAUGGAGGCGACAUGUUUUGUGUAUCCAAUACACACUGUAUAGAGCGUUAUUUUGAAGGGUUAACUGCUAUAUAUCGACAUAUACUUAUUAUAUGCUAUUUGGACGCCAUGCAGGGUUGAGCCAAACCAACGACUAAAAACGUUGCAAAAGCACACUUAGAUAUGCAAAUAACAGCAAAUCAUUAUACUCUUUAUUAUCCGAAUAACUAAUUAAUAUAGUAAUGCAUGGUUGCACGCAUAUAUAAUAAACUAAACACUGUUCCAGAACACCAUGUUCACACCAUUUUAUAUCGUUCCAGAACAGUGUUCCAAAUGUUCUAGAACAGUAAACGCAGGGUUCCCAUGUCAAAUAUAUCACUCCCCUGGUGAGAGAGGGCCGGAGGGCAUCUGAUAUGAAUAAAAGGCAUUAGCUACAUAUAGCUACAACUAAACCUAGUUAUAAACUUUGUUUAUUUUAUAGACAACAAAUCUCGAGCUGAAAUUGUUGGUCAAAUAUGAGUAAGCAUAGAAAUGAUUAUUGACAGUGGCGAAGCCAGCCCGACAAUUUGGUCAAGCUUUGCAAAUAUUUCCGUGUUCAUAGACCGUAAAAACAAUCAAUUUCUAAUGAAAUGAAUAAUGAUAAUGAUUUAUAAUUUGCAUAACAUGACCAAAUUGUCGGGCUGGCUUCGCCACUGAUUAUUGUGGUCCUUAAAGGGAAAAGGCAAUAAAAAUGAACUUUGUCUUAUUCGAAAGAACUUUUGAAGUUAUAUAUGAAGACCUUUACAACUUUUUCGUACCUUGCUUGGUUUUCGAAAUAUUUUGACCAAAAACAAUAUACAGUCCACCAUCUUGCUAUUAUAAUUGACCUUUCCCCUUUUAAGUGAAAUUUUGAUCUAGACUAGCCUGGGCAAAAAUUUCAUCACAGCUUGAAAGAGCAUCACAAAAUUAGUAAUAUUCCGAAGUUUCCUUGCGAAAUGUUGUAAAAUGCGGAUAAUAUUGCCUUGCGAAAUUUGCCGUUUUUCAGUCAUUUUGUAUUACAAAUGGGAAAUUGAUAAUCAGUUUGAUCAUCUGAUUAUCAAUUUCGUAAUGCAAAAUGACUGAAAAACGGCAAACUUCGCAAGGCUAUAUUAUCCGCAUUUUACAACAUUUUGCAACGAAACUUCCGCGGAAUAUUACUAAUUUUGUGAUGCUCUUUCAAGCUGUGAUGAAAUUUUUGUCCAGGCUAGUCUAGAUCAAAAUUUCACUUAAAAGGGGAAAGGUCUAUUGACCUAAUUAACUGAGUUUUUGAUGACGUCACAAGCAGGGUAAACUUGUUAAAUAUGUCUAUCAUAUAAAAAUUAACAAAGAUUUCUGAAUUUUAGCGACACCAGGGAAUUGAGACUGAGCUACGACUUAUGUGAUAAAGAGAAGGAAUUUCUACAGAAAAGAAAGGAAAAAAUAUUGAAACACAUGCCAACGAUCAUGGAGGAAGACAGAGCACCAAAGAACAUUGACGAGGUCUGAUUGGUUUUUCAAAAUUGACCAGUGCAUUUGUUAAGGAUUCUUCAGUGGUGGGGCAAAACUGCCAAAGGGACCAUUGUCCUUGCCCUCCCCCCAGGAUAAUAUGCGAUUGCCAAAGGUGUGAGCCGAGUACCGCAGGCACGAGUUAGCUAGGGGGGUCUGGGGGCAUGCCCCGCCAGAAAAAUUUUAAAAUUUGGGUCUCAAAUAGCAUUUCCUGCAUUCUGAGAACACAUUAAAAAAAAAUCUUAGCUUCUCAAAUCUUCUUUUUGUAAUAAAUUGCAUGCUAAACAUUCAAACACAACAUAAGUUUAAGUAUGCUCGCCAACAAAUUUUGUUUUUUAAACUUCUUUUCAAUGUUAAACAGGCAUUUACUCAAUACAGGUCCUAGGGCCCUGGCCCUGGGGCAAUAGGCCAUUUUUUUCUUCAGUGGUGGGGCAGAGGAAGGGGCCCAGCGGGGCAUUUGCCCCACUAGUCCAUGUUAUCCUUGUUAAAAAAUGUAAUCAAGUAUGGUUUUGAGUGCAAUUUGGAAAAAAACAUGCACGAGUGAGUUUCUCGAGUGAGUAUGUUUAGUGCUUUAUCUGUAAAAUAAUGCUAAAAUGAAGAGAUUUUAGAUGAUAUUCCAAAGAAAAAAUGAUGUCUGAAGUUCAGUAAGUUUUGCUUGUAUGGCUGUAAAUAUGGCGUCAAUUUUAAAGCAUUAUUGAUAAUUGUAUUUUAAUUGACAAUUUUUAACUAUUAUUUUAUGUUUCUCAACCGGCAGGUGCAUUUAAAAAGGUUGCUAACUCUAUAAACUAGAGAAUAAAGCUAAAACAAAGUAAUUUUGAGAGGAACGCCAAAAAGAUUUUAGGUUUUGAACACUUUUCAUUGCAAAUAUUUACGUGACAUUGAAAAAAAUUUCCUCUUAAUGGUACUUUUUUUCCUAUGCACAGGAAAAUACCUUUAAUUGUAAAUAUUAAACAUGGUUUUUACCAUCGUAUCCCCAUUAAUUCGCAGCUUUAUUAUGUUUUAUGGUUUGCCCAUCUUUUCUAGUUUGGAAACGAUGUUAUAGGAAGUUGUUCAAAUUUCCCGUGAGCUGUACACAUGCAGUCGAAAUAUUGGUGCCGUUUGGUUUUUAAUCCUUUUUUGUUUCAUUGAAGGUACCAGUGAUUGGUAUCAUGGGAUCAGGAGGUGGAUGUAGGGCUGUAUGUGGAUUAUCAGGAGUAUUUUGUGCUCUUCAAGAAUCCGGCAUACUUGAUUGUUCUUCGUAUGUAACUGGACUAUCUGGCUCCUCGUGGUAUGUGAAGCAAAAAUAAUUAUGCAUUGCAAAUUUCUUAUCCAAUUUUCAUUGAAAUUGAACCAAAAUUAAUUUAUCCUUGGGCAAUGUAUAUACAGUUAGCUACCAUUUUAAAUGUAUCUGGCGGUUGAGAAACACAAAAUAAUAGUUAAAUAUUGUCAAUUGGACCCAUACAGGGUUCAUAGCGGUCUUUGAAAUCCUUGAAAGUCUUUAAAUUUGAAUGCAGGUCUUUAAGGUCUUUGAAAAAUCUUUGAAGUGUGUGAAAAAGCGAAGAAAGUCUUUAAAAGUCUUUAAAUUCUUUAGUGAUUAUUUGAUUAUACGAUUUCCUAGCUAAUAAAAUAGAUUGAUUGAAGCAAGAUUUUCGCAAAUAUCGACGAAAAAGUGCAUUUUAGGAUGUGAUUUGACGGGACUAAUUACCUGGUAAAAAUGGUGCUUAUACAUCGCAAUUUUUCGACACCUGAUUGCUCUCAAAGGUCUUUGAAAAGUCUUUGACAAUAGGCAGAAAAUACUUUGAAAGUCUUUGAAAUUUUUUGGUCUUGGAGACUACGAACCCUGCCAUAUUGAUCGCUUACUCUCAAGAUAAAAAUUAGCGCGACCCCUCUCUUGACGUAACAUGCAUAUCCUCAAUAAUCCAAGAUGGCGAACAGCUCACUUUUUUCAGUCGAAAUAUUUUGAAAACUAAGCAAGAUAUAAACAAUCUGUAAUAGAGUUUAAUAUAUAGUUUUAAGAGUUCUUUCAAACGAACUAAACUGGAGACUACGAACCCUGCCAUAUUGAUCGCUUACUCUCAAGAUAAAAAUUAGCGCGACCCCUCUCUUGACGUAACAUGCAUAUCCUCAAUAAUCCAAGAUGGCGAACAGCUCACUUUUUUCAGUCGAAAUAUUUUGAAAACUAAGCAAGAUAUAAACAAUCUGUAAUAGAGUUUAAUAUAUAGUUUUAAGAGUUCUUUCAAACGAACUAAACUAUUUUUUAUUGCCAAUGUCCUCGAUUUCUUCUAAACAGGUACAUAUCAACACUCUACCAAAACGACGGUUGGCCCGCUACUCUAACAUGUCAAGACAUGGCAGACAAGCUGAAAAAGAAAUUUGGGACAAGCAAAACGAGUCAUUUUCAUGUGGCUAACUUUCUGAUAAAAUGCAAGAGAAAGCAAACAGAGGUCAACUUGUCCGACUUGUGGAUUUUUUUGGAUUGUUUGUCGGUGAUUACCUCCUGGAUGUAAGUAUUAACUAUUGUAAGAUACUAUAGAUGAUGAUGGUGGUGGUGAUGAUGAUGAUGUAAUACUGAUGGUAAUAUGAUGGUGGUAAUAUGGUGAUGAUGAUAAUACUGAUGGUAAUAUACGAUGGUCGAUGGUGGUAAUAUGGUUAUGAUAGUGGUAAUAUGGUGAUGAUGAUAAUACUGCUGUUGGUAAUAUGGUGAUGAUGAUGAUGAUAAUACAUCUGAUGGUAAUAUGAUGGUUGUAAUAUGUGAUGAUGAUAAUACUGAUGGUAAUAUACGAUGGUGGUAAUAUGGUUAUGAUGGUGGUAAUAUGGUGAUGAUGAUAUUGAUAAUACUGAUGGUAAUAUGAUGGUGGUAAUAUGGUGAUGAUGAUAAUACUGAUGGCAAUAUACAGUACGAUGGUGGUAAUAUGGUGGUAUUUAGCCUAAGAACAGCAAGAAACAAAUUCGUCCAGGAAAACUUGGGAAUAUAAUCUUUAUCUGCCCCUGACAUCGGUGAGGUCUAUUGGCUGUAAUGUAGUGUUUUCUCUCUCGCUAGAAUCAAGAAUCCAAACUAAGUGACCAGAGCAAGAACGUGAGUCUUGGUGAAGCGCCACUUCCAAUCACAACAAGCAUCCGAGUACGUUUAGACGUACCAGAAAAGGAAUUUAAUGGUAAGUCAAACUGACUCUAGUCAGUCUGUUAACAUUCCUCUAAACUAGGAAACUUUAACUAAACUUAAUUAAUGCUGGAUGGCUCUCCCAAUUCUAAACUGUACUCCCUAGAGAUACAGACAGGGAAAAAACCAAACUAAACUAACUCUGUGUGUUUUGAUGUUACGUACUCAGGUGAAUAUAAUCAAAAACAUUAACAUUAUAUUACUCAGGUGAAUAUAAUCAAAAACAUUAAACUAACUCUAUUUAAACUGGAUAGUUUUAUUGCUUUUAAGCUGUUCUCCCCAGAGGCUUAGUAAGGACCAUCUCGUAUUGAUCCAGUUUUAAUACAGGAGGAAACCUAAACUAGACUAACUUAUUUAUACUGGAUAGCUCUAUCCGUUCUAAUAUCAUGGUUAUUAGAUUACACUGAUAUCGAAGGAACUAGACUCAGUUCCGAAAUAUUACAUACUCGAACCGACCUGACCGCGUAGCUCAGUUGGCAGAGCAUUGGGCUAGUAUUCCAAAGGUCGUAGGUUCGAUUCCCACCGUGGCCAGGCAUAUUUUUCAAUCCUGCCCGGUGUGGAUAUACACUCAGAGUAACAUCACAAGCAUCUUAUUCACCUGAAUACAUUACACCAACACAACAAAUAUCAGUUCUAAACUGUUUUCCCUAGAGAUCUAGCAUAAGGGCCAUGGUCUUAGUGCAUUUUAAUAUCAAAUACUUUGUAUUUUGUUUAGAAUGGGUGGAGUUCACUCCAUUUGAGUACGGUAUGGCCAAAUAUGGUGUGUUUGGAAAGAUCGAAGAGUUUGGUGGGAAAUUUUAUAAAGGACAGUUGGUGAAGAAAUUUGAAGAACCUUCGCUGUCUUAUUUGCAAGGUAAUUUUACAGAAACAGACGUUUUAAACUGUCAGGAAGUCCUGGAAAACCCUGGAUUUUUAUUUUUGUCCUGAAAACCCGUGAAAACCCUGGAAUUUCAAAUUUAUCUCUGGAAAACUUAGAGACUGAGCUGGGUGUGGGAUCAUACCUAAAGUAUUUAACGCAGCAUUUCUUGGGCAUAUCAGGCGACGGCGUGACGUUUCGUUCAAACUGGUUCAAACCCAAAGUCGCGAACGUUUCUUAACGGUCAGUUAAACACUUCCUGGAAAAGCCCUGGAAAAAGGAUGAAAAAAGACCCUGCAUUUUUUUAAUUAUGAAGGUGUACGAAGCCUGAACUGCAUUUUAACAGCAACUAGCAAACCGCUAUCAAGCCACAGUCUUUAUAAUGUGAUGCAAUCGUAUGUUAUUUAUUAACUUCUUAUUAACCGAACGCGAGGUCUGUACAGAGAAAUAUCGGACCGAGGUCUUUUUUGUACAGAUCGAGCCCGUAGGGCGAGGUUUGUACAAAAAGACCGAGGUCCGAUAUUUCUCUGUACAUACCGAGCAAGCGAGGUUAGUAAAAAGUUUAUUAUAUGGCAUUUAUACUUGAAACAAACAAGAAGUGCACGAUUUAAAAUGCAUAUUAGCAGCGUUGUACACAUUUGGUUGAAGAAAACAAAAAAUACCAAUGUAUUCCUUCUUUUCCACUAAAACCAUUCGCAGAUAUCUUAUUAAUAACAAAUUAAAUUAUAAUUUUCAAUGGACCAUUUGCAUUAUAGACUAAAUUUUGGUCUAGACAAAAAUUUCAUCCACAGCUUGAAAGAGCAUCACAAAAUUAGUAAUAUUCCAAAGUUUCGUUGCAAAAUGUUGUAAAAUGCGGAUAAUAUGGCCACGCGAAGUUUGCCGUUUUUCAGUCAUUUUGUAUUACGCACGGGGAAUUGACAGCCCAAUCGGGUGUUGGGGCAUCAAUUUCCCGUUUGUAAUACAAAAUGACUGAAAAUUGCAAAUUUCGCAAGGCUAUAUUAUCCGCAUUUUACAACAUUUUGCAACGAAACUUUGGAAUAUUACUAAUUUUGUGAUGCUCUUUCAAGCUAUGAUGAAAUUUUUGUCUAGAUCAAAAUUUAGUCUAUAAUGCAAAUGGUCCAUUAGUUUUGCUGUUUUGUUUUCACGUAAUGGACCAAUGUGCGUCCCAACCAAUCACAGUCCGCCAUUGCAUUUCACUGGAAGUGAUGCUUGCCAUAUAAUAACACUUUAUAAUCUCUUUCCACAACUUAUUUAACUAAUGGUUGUAACUUAUCACUCUAGGGGUAUGGGGAAGUGCGUUUGCUGCGAUCUUAGCAACGCAGCUUGGCAAGAAGGAUGAGUCUGAAAAUGAAGAUCUUACCGUGAAGGCUCAGUCUGAAAAUGAAGUCCAAAAGGAAUUUGGUAAAUAUUUUUCUGGCUUAUUAGGAUUUUUGGACCAGGAACUGGUCCCUAAUUGCGACUAGUCGUGUUGUUAAGGGGCGACGCUCUUCGAAAAAAGCCUAAAGGCCCUUUUACACGUGCACAUAUUUUUAAAAUGCCUCGCCGAACCAACAUUAAGGGUUUGAAACAAUGCAAAAGUUUGAGUUCUACAACGAUGGAUCAACGAAGUGCAGUGGUAUCAAGUAACGAAGUAAAUGUACUUCGUUACUGUACUUGAGUACUAUUUUUGAGAAGUGAGCAUGUAACAAAGUAAACUUUUUCUGGAGUACUGUUACUUGGAACGCAGUCGUUUUAAGAAGUAACAUUUUACUUCGUUAUUUUCAUUCUGUGGCGAAGUAUUUUGUUACUUUCUAAGAUUCGACACAAGAACGGCAGUGAUUCAAACGGCGUACCAAAUACAAUGUUAUUGACAAGGUCGGGGCGCAUUCGCUAGCGAAACUUAAAUAAAAUUCAAAAUAAAUAAGUUUAUUUUUAGACUAAAGUUGAGUUAAGUUUGGCACAUGAGUGGAGCGGCGUAUGAAUCAAUGUCGCUCCAACGUCGCAUAAUGCGACAAGCUCUGCCGAACUUGUGUCGAACUUUUGCCGCUCCAAAUUCUGCCGUACUUAAUUGAUUCGUACGUCGCUCUUCUGCCGUACCUAAUUCAUCAAUUAAGUUCGGCACAUGAGAAGUACGCCGUCUGAAACGGGCCUAACUUUUGUUUAAUUUUACGUGAUUUAUUUCAAUUUUGGGAUAGGUAAUAAGACCUCUGUAUAUGCGUCUGGGAUCUCUCGUUUCUUACUUACUUAUAAGAAUUAUUUAUUUAAUGGAUUUCUUAUCUUCAACGGGGUCUAGAAAGUACUGUAGACCAUGCCGUGAAAUAUUGUAUAUUUGGUGCACGCGUAUAAUGCGUGUACUGUUUUGUGUCUUUUGUAUGUCAAUCCAUUGGAAAAGUCCUCCACCCCUACACGCUACAGACAAUAGUAGUUUUACUUUUACUUUUUACAUCAAGUAUUUUUUAAGGAUACUUUGUACUUUUUACUUAAGUACGUUUUGUCUCCAGUACUUUUUACUCUUGCUCAAGUCGUUUUAUUGUUAAUUACGGUCCUUGAAAAUCCUGGAAAGUCCUUGAAUUUGUUUAAAAAAAUCCAGGCCUGGAAAGUCCUUGGAAACUGAUAAGGUCCUUGAAAGUCCUGGAAUUUUUUUUCAGUAGGCUGGAAAUAAUUGAAGAAUUAUUACCAGCCCAAGGAUUAUUGCCCAAAUGUUUAUUUUCUCCAAUUUCAAUUAAAAUUAUGUAUAACAAUUGUCCAAAAGUUGUUUCGAUGUCAUUUUUUUUCUAAUUGCAUUCCUCUCCUUAAGUUUAAGGAUAAAAGUUAGAUGAUUUUCAAAGAUUUUUCCAGUUGCCAGGUCCUUGAAUAUACUGAAAAAGGUCCUUGAAAGGCCUAGAAAAGUCCUUGAAUUUCAUCUUCACUAGAAGGUGGGGACCCUGUUACUUCUACUUUUACUCGAGUACAAAUUCAAAGUAAUUUUAGGCAGCACUGACGAAGUGAUAACUUGCAUGCUGACAUACUCGGCCAGUACCCCCUCCUAUAGUACGAUCGUACUUGUUAUAUUAUACAGCUCUCGUGGCGUUUUCUGAAGUCAAAUACCUAUUUUUGUUUGCAUUACAGAGAAAGUCGCUCUUGAAGCAGCAGGUCAAUGUAAGACUGAAGAUGACGAUAGUGAGGACGAGGAAGACGGAUCACCUGAAGAUAAAGUGGACGGUAUGAUAUGUCUUGUUCCCACAAAUUUUGGGGGGAUCUACAUUUUUGCCGAAUUUUUCACAGAUGUUUCUUGAUGUUUGAUUUAACAAAUAUAAAACAUUUUCCGUGUUGAUAUACAGUUAUAUCAACACGAGUGGAAAUUGGGAAAACGAGAAAUUGUGUGGAAAGGGCGAGUGUUUUCACACAAUUUCGAGUUUUCCCAACUUCCACGAGUGUUGAUAUAACUAUAUAUCAAUACGGAAAAAUGUUUUAUAUUUGUUUUAUAAUAUAGCAAUGUCAAAAGCCCGAAGAAUAAGAAAAAUUUCCGUGUUUACAAGCGGCGGAAAAUUUCCCGUGUUGACAUGGAGUUAUAUCAACACGGCUCUUAGCCAAUCAGCGUUCAGAAUUUACAAAUGCUAUAUUAUAAAACUAAUUAUAAAAUAACAUGUAUAUAACGCGUGCUCUGAUUGGUCGAAUCCCGUGUUUGGAUCAGGCCAUUCAAACACGGAAAUUUAACGUGAAAGUUUUUUAAAGUGAAAUUUUAGCACGGAGAGUUGUUAUGUUAUAAAAACAAUUACUUUAUGGUUUCUGUGUUUUGAUGGCCUGAUCCAAACACUUGGGAAUGUUGCUCGAGUUAAGAAAAGCGCGCAAAAUCACUCGCCUUCGGCUCGUGAUUCGGGGCGCUUUUCUUAACUCUCGCAACAUUCCCGCGUUUUUGGAUCAGGCCAUCCAAACACGAAAACCAUAAAGUAAUUGUAUAUUCUGAAACUUACACUGAUUGAAUAUAUGAAUUACUAAAUACCUGAGGCCGGUUGUAUAAAAAAGUGAUUAAAGUUAAUCAUAGUUAAGUGGAAAUGUCAUCCAAUAAGAAGCGCUUAUUUGAGAGUUAAUCACUAUUUAACUACAAAAUAGUGAUUAAAAAGUGAUUAAGAGUUUUAUACAUCCGGCCCCUGAUUAUUGAAAUGAUCGAAUACAAAAUGAAUCUACUUACCCAAUACAUAAAUUACAGCGAAACAGUUUGGAACGAAAAUAUUCAUAUAGCCUGCAGUGGGAAAUUUGUUUUUAAUCCUGUAAGACUGAAACUACUAUGACUUCUUUGGAAUUUAUUUUGUAUGUCUUAAGCCUUGUUUCCAACGAGAUGGUCGUGAAAAUAGAGUCACGAUCUUCCCAACGGCCAGUUUAUAAUAGUUUAUACCUGUAAACCCCAUAUAAAUCAUAAGUAUUCUCUAUAGUUAUAAUCACUCCGCGUAUUUUCAGUUCUAAAAUGUUGUAUUUCGGCUGAUGAGAAACAUAGGCGUGCGGGAGGGAAAAAUCAGGGGGGAGCAUAGGCGUGCGGGAGGGAAAAAUCAUGGGGGGAGAAAGAAAUUUACCCGACUUUUCCCAUUGUGUAAACUUUCCAAGAUUUUUUUUUGGGGGGGGGGAAGGUCGACGAAAAAACUUUUUCUAUUUGUCGAAUUUCCACGUUACUUUUACAUAUAUCUGGUAUUUUCAAAUACUAUAUUGCAUAUGUCUCCUUUUUAAAGUUAUUUCCCUUAAUUGUUUCCCGAAUUACGUUUAUAAUUUGCCCGACUUGACCCCGCCCCGUACGCCUAUGAUGAGAAAGAUCGUGACUCAAUCUCUACGACCGUUACGACCCUAUAAAAACCAAACUUUAAUGAACAUAAUCCAUGUAAAGUAAAAAAUACAAUCACAAAAGACAGUUCUGUUAUUUUCUCUAUAUAUAUUGUAAUCUUUUGCAGACAAUUUUGAGCCCUAAACCUGGGCAUAUCCUGUCGAAGGGAAAACGGCUGUGAAAUUCAUUAGAAUAACAAUAUAACUCAUUAUCUAUAUGAAUCUGGUCCUUUACCGUCACGUGCGUAAAUUUACCCUAUUGUUCGAGUCACGGACAGGUAACUUUGCAAAACAUUGCUAUUGGUUAAUUGGGCAAGAAUACACACGUGACGGUGAAGGACCAGAUUUAUGAAUAAACUUUACUAACAUGGAUAAUGAGUUAUUGUUAUUCUAAUGAGUUUCACAGCCAUCUUCUCUUCGAUAGACUAUCACCUGAGUUCCCAAAAAGAAAAAGAAAAAAAAAACAUUUGCCACAAUGUUCCAAACUUCGCUCCGAAGUUCAAAAGUCUAUAUUGAAAUCCACAAGCUGAUUUGUACACAAAGUCUUUGAUUGUUUUCGUUUUAAUCAGCAACAUUUUGUUUUUGCAGCAGGGGGAUCUUGGAUAACUCAAGCAAUCACGCCUGGAAAUCUCCUUUCAUCUCGUCGAGGAAAAGCUGCUGAGGUGUUUAACAUUUUGCGAGGACUGGAAUUCAAGAAAGAACAAGGUAUAGGCGUUGUUGAUGUUCUUUUGUUUUGUUUGGAGCUUAAUGCUUGGUUUUGUUUGUUUGUUUGUUUGUUUGUUUGUUUGUUUGUUUGUUUGUUUGUUUGUUUGUUUGUUUGUUUGUUUGUUUGUUUGUUUGUUUGUUUGUUUGUUUGUUUGUUUGUUUGUUUGUUUGUUUGUUUGUUUGUUUGUUUGUUUGUUUGUUUGUUUGUUUGUUUGUUUGUUUGUUUGCUUGUUUGCUUGUUUGUUUGUUUGUUUGUUUGUUUGUUUGUUUGUUUGUUUGUUUGUUUGUUUGUUUGUUUGUUUGUUUGUUUGUGGUAACACUGUAUACCAAUUAGAAAUAGCCCAUAAAAAUAAGUUAUUUUAAUUUAGAAUUCUUUCCGGAGUAACACCUGACCAAUAAGAAAUGACCAGUUUACUACAAAGUACAAAUAAAGCUAUUCAGUAUAAAUAAAGUGUAAUGGAAUUUUUCCAAUAUUUCCUCCUGUAAUGACACUGGCUCGUCAGUAUAGACGUCUAGGGAGAACAAUUUAGAACUGAUAUAGGACUGCAAUAUAAAUAUAGUAAAUUUGAUUUUUUACUAUAUACAUUAGUUACAUUUCUUAUUGGAAUGACCCAAAUAUUACACAUACCAAUCCUCAUAUUUGAGGGGGUAGUGGUACACUUUGGUCUUUUUGUCGGUAAUAAUGCUUAUAAAAGUUUCUGUCUCAUUUUUUAGACUGUGAAUACAACCAGGCACCAGGCAAUCACAAGACGAUGUGCUUGGUGGACAGCGGUCUCGCCUUCAAUUCUCCUUUUCCUACCAUGUUACGCCCUGAACGGAAAGUUGAAAUAAUCCUGUCAUUUGAUUUCAGUCGAAAAGAUAGUGGCGAUACAGAAUUGCCUUUCAAAGUAAGUACAUAACGUAGGCCUGGUUUACACUAUCAAAGUUUCUGUGAUCACAGUAGGAAUUUUGCAUUGGUAAAUUCUAAGUUUUGAAUGAUUUGUAAGAAAUGUUUGAGGAAACUUACUGAAUGUUAUAAAGGAUGGUUUACACUAUCAAAGUUUCUGUGAUCACAGUAGGAAUUUUGCAAAGGUAAAUUCUAAGUUUUGAAGGAUUUGUAAGAAAUAUUUGAGGAAACUUACUGAGUGUUAUAAAGGAUGGUUUAUACUAUCAAAGUUUCUGUGAUCACAGUAGGAAUUUUGCAAAGGUAAAUUCUAAGUUUUGAAAGAUUUGUAAGAAAUGUUUGAGGGAACUUACUGAGUGUUAUAAAGGAUGGUUUACACUAUCAAAGUUUCUGUGAUCACAGUAGGAAUUUUGCAUGGGUAAAUUCUAAGUUUUGAAGGAUUUGUAAGAAAUGUUUGAGGGAACUUACUGAGUGUUAUAAAGGAUGGUUUACACUAUCAAAGUUUCUGUGAUCACAGUAGGAAUUUUGCAUUGGUAAAUUCUAAGUUUUGAAGGAUUUGUAAGAAAUGUUUGAGGAAACUUACUGAGUGUUAUAAAGGAUGGUUUACACUAUCAAAGUUUCUGUGAUUACAGCAGGAAUUUUGCAUUGGUAAAUUCUAAGUUUUGAAUGAUUUGUAAGAAAUGUUUGAGGAAACUUACUGACUGUUAUAAAGGAUGGUUUACACUAUCAAAGUUUCUGUGAUCACAGUAGGAAUUUUGCAUUGGUAAAUUCUAAGUUUUGAAGGAUUUGUAAGAAAUGUUUGAAAAAACUUACUGAGUGUUUAAUACUGAGCUACAUAAUUGUUAAGGCUUUCCACUUGGUUUUUGCAAGUCCGGGGGGUAAAGCUCAAAGUUCACUCUUUUACUUUAUAUUAACUCAGAACCUUUUGAGGGCUGAACGCUGGGCAAAGGAGCACGGGCUCCCGUUUCCGCAAAUCGACGGGAACCCAAUCUUGGAAAAUUCUGACAUUGAAGAAUGUUAUGUAUUUGAAGAUCAGUCAAAUCCCAAGUGCUCAACAAUUUUACAUUUUCCUCUUACCAACAAAACAUUCAAAGACUUUAGUGCACCAGGUAAGACGCAUUACUCCUGUCUACUGAGCUUUAUGUACUGUAUAACUGGAGUCAUAACUCCACAAGUAAUAGAAAUGCUUUUCUAUGAGAUCAGUGAGCGGUACGUACUGCUUGCAGUAAACGGCAUUUUUACAGCACUAGCCAGCAACUUCUAAAUUACCAACAACGAGUUUUUCUUCUUAGUUCAUUGAUUUAUACAACGAAUUUGUAGGUUUUAAAUGAAAAAGAUGCUGUCUUGUCAUAAUAGAUCGCGUUAAGCAUUUUGAUAGCCAUGAAUCUGGUAUUAAACAAUGAAUUUCUGGUAGCCGUGAACAAGGCGGAAAUCGUAACUGUAUAGGAUGAAAAUCAAUGCCCCAGGAUAAAGCAUGAAAGAGCCAUGGACGUUCUUAGUAAAUAUUUCAAAAUUUAAUUUUGUGAUGGUUUAUUUAAUUACCUAUUAUGCCGGGCAUUGACUUUCAUGUUACGAUUUUUGAAAUGACUUUUUGAAAAUAUUUUGGAAAAUAUUUUUUGAUAUUUAAAAAGCUGACUAUUGCUGCGCAUUGCGUUUUCUAUUUUGAUGCAGCUUUUAUACAUGAUGGUAUUUUCUGCAUCAUCAUUUCAUGUUCAACUUAUCAGAGCCUGACAAAAAGUGCACCUCACAAACAGCCUACAAAUAUAUCUAAAUUUAAAUUAUUUUAAACCCUCUGAACCAAUGAAAAUGCUCCAUUUUGCAAAUGGACUACCUUACCAUAUAAUAAAACUGCAUAUCGAAUACGCAAUUCCAGCUUUUAGUUUAUGCGUGCAGGGGACGAUGGGAAAUAAGGUAUCACAUUGCUGAUUAUGCUGAAAAAAUAAAAAUGGUGGCCGUGUAAACACGGAGUGAUAGCUUAUACUUGUAAAUAUUGAAAUAUUUCGGUUGUUUCGGUAGUUUUUAUUGAAAUUUUUCAGCAUAAUCAGCACUAUGAUACCUUUCUUCCCAUCAUCCCCUGCAAGCAUUAACUAAAAACUGGAAUUUCCUACACAGAUAUGAAGUUAGGUAGUCAGGGCCCCCUUAUAUAUAGACAGUUAUAAUAUUCAAUAUAUAUAUAUAUAUAUAUAUAUAUAUAUAUAUAUAUAUAUAUAUAUAUAUAUAUAUAUAUAUAUAUAUAUAUAUAUAUAUAUAUAUAUAUAUAUAUAUAUAUAUAUAUAUAUAUAUAUAUAUAUAUAUAUAUAUUUAUAUUUAUAUUUAUAUAUUUACUCUGAAUGAAAAUAAUCUUACAAAUAUACAUGAUUUUUCAAUUUCGAAACCUAUUAUCCAUUUCAUAACAUGUUCUAUCUAUUUCGCAUUUCAGGGGUACCGCGAGUGACAGAAGAGGAUAAAGAAUUUGGAAACUUUGCAAUCUUUGAUGACCCUGAAGACCCCUACUCAUCCUACAAAUUCGAAUACGAGGAGAAACAGUUUAACCGACUUCAUGAACUGAUGAAGUACAACACCUUGGCUAAUAUGGACGUUAUAAAGGAAAAGAUUGCAUUUCAAACAGAUUACAGACGAAAUAAUCAUCAAUAUGUUAGUCAGUAACCGUUUGUCUAAACAAUGUUGAACUUGCAUGGGAGACAGCUGUGGCCUUAUAGCAAUUAUCCUGCUUCAAAUAGGCGAAAUUAAUAAUCGUAAAUUGUUAGUGUGAGAUUGAUUGGUGUAUGUAAAUUCUUGGUUUUAUAUCAUAUAUGUAUUGUAUUUAUUUUAUUCUUCAAUAAGUUUAUCUGAGAUAUCAUUAAUUAAAAUAAAUAAAUAAUAAAAUUCAAGAGGAAUAAGUGUUUUAUCAAUAUCUGUAAAUCGGAUAAAGAUUUCGUUCUGAUUUACUGCAAAUGCUUUAAGUGUUUUAUCAAUAUCUGUAAAUCGGAUAAAGAUUUCGUUCUGAUUUACUGCAAAUGCUUUACCUUUUUCUCAACUAAAACGAAGUAAAUUGGUAAACUUCAUUAAUGACUUCCUAGAUGCAUGCAGUAAUACAAAACAUUCGCAUUCCAUAAUAGACUGGUUUUUAAUACACUAUCAAAGUUUCUGAGAGAACAGUGUUCUGUUUUGAGUAUAGGCUAUAGAAGUUCUCUGGACUGAAAAAUUACUUCUAUAAUGAGCUUUUGACUCGAUUCUUCGAGUCUUCUUCGGAAUUAAUUGAAUUACAGGAAUCUAUGUGUAUAUAAGAAACGGAUCUUCAAAGCCUCGAGUUUUGCCAAGCUUUAAACAAGGAACCUUUGUAUGUGAUUUAAAAAUAACUCAAUGGACAUCAAUAGUUUGCCUUGAAACGUGCUGUCUUAACGUCAAUGCCAACUGUAUUCCUGGUAUGCGUCAUAUACGUUUAUAUAACCGUAUACGUUUAUUCAGGGGCGAUAAUUCGCGUACUUAUACGUACCGAAAGUAUUCUUUGUUUGCAAUAACGUAAUUUUGGGAUAACAAAAAACCUGCUAUUUUAAUGGAUUGAUCGAGUUUAGGAGACAGUUUAAGACUCAAAAGAUGAAGUAUCGUUCAGAUUUUCUUGCUACAAUUUACCGUUCUGAUAGGAGAAAAAUCGUCCACAAGUUGACUGAUUGCCCGUCAUUUGGAUGAAAAGUCACGUGAUUGCAAACAACAGAGGCGUGUGUUACAUCAUAUAUAAAACACUCCAACUAUUUAUAAAUAUACAUAUACACAGUACAAUGUUGUAGACCCCCAAAACUUCCCGUACACUCACAUAUAGCUCUUAUUUAUUCGAGCAGUGCUAUACUGUUUUUUUGAAACACAAAAUGUAAUUAUAUCAACACUCGUGAUAUAACUGUAUAUCAAUACGGAAAAAUGUUUUGUAUUUUUAUAAUAUAGCAUGCACGAACAAAUAUAAAGGAAAAAAUUUUCCGGGUUGACAUUGAGUUUAUAUAUCAACACGGCUCUUAGCCAAUCAGCGUUCAGAAUUUACAAAUACUAUAUUAUAAUCUCGUUUAUAUAAGUUAGAGUUAUAAACCGAGCAGGAGGUUUAUAACUGAUAUAUUGACCCCGAGGACGCGUAGCGUCCGAGGGGCAAUAUAUCAGUUAUAAACCUCCUACUCGGUUUAUAACUCUAACUUAUAUCACACUUGCGGAGGUUUUCCAACAUAUUUCGUCAUUUUCAAAAAUUUUUAAUGAAAAAUUCUCGCGUUUUGUCUACAAGUUUAAUCCAAUCAUUUAUUCAAGGUCUAUAAGCUAGUUAUAAACCUCGGACGAACAAAGAAAACCGACGCAAGUGUGAUAUAACUACGUUUAUUGACUGAUCACUGAUUCCAAAACUAAGCUACAACAAUUUUGCAUUACUUUACCCUCUCCGCCAGUUCAAUGUUGUGAACAGUAUAUAUAAAGCUUGUGAUAUGUUACUCUGAGUGUAUAUCCACACCGGGCAAGCUUGCAAAAUAUGCCUGUCCACGGUGGGAAUCGAACCUACGACCUUUGGAAUACUAGCCCAAUGCUCUGCCAACAGAGCUACGCGGUCAGGUCGGUUCGAGUAUGUGAUAAGCUUGCCCGGUGCGGAUAUACACUCAGAGUAACAUCACAAGCAUCAUAUUCACAUGAGUACACUACACCAACACAGAAAAAAAAAAGUAUAUAUAAAUGUAUCACAAUUAUAUCUUGGGCUUGACUUGGCUCAUGCACUUACAGUAUUUGCAUUAUAAUUUCCAUGCAAAUACUUCGAGUGUUUAGUUAUGAAGGUCUCUUUCCAUUCAAGAGUCUCGUAUACGUGCGUAUACACGCGCAGGGAAAAGUUUAAAUCCAUUUAAAAGUGUCUUAUGAAAUAAUUAAACGGAUAAAAGCACAGCAUUUUAGUAUUGUAUUUGUUGACGUAAUUAUAGUACAAAAAUAAAAUCUAGAAAGAAACGUUUCCGUGCGCAUACGUAUAUUAAACAACGAAACGUUAGCUAAUAAAUUUUUUACUUUUAUUAUGUUUGGAUUUAAAGUUAUUUGCUGGGCUCUGCUCUUUAUCUUUAAACUAAGAUUUCCGCCUGGUGUAUCAAUUGCCACUGUUUAAAAAAAAAAACGCUUAACCGGAAACUAUAGCCUUGCCCUCGGGCUAUAAAGGGUAAAUACUAUUUCGCUGACCUCAGAAUGACAUUUCGGCAAAACUUUUUUCUUCAAGAUUGGUUUAGAAACAAAUUUGGCAUAGGGUUAGGUUAGGGUUAGGGUAAGGAUUAAGGUUAGGGUUAGAGUUGGUGUUUGGAGAAGGGUUAGUGUUAGUAAAACCGUUGCUUUGUUACGUUUUGUCACUCUGAGGCCAGCGAAGUAAUCUCUUCCGCUAUAAAGCUACAUGUUGACGUUUGAGUUCGCAAACUAGACGUCUUUGAGCUACGUCUUCUUGAGGCGUAGGUUCGCAAAAAAGCCGUCUUCUUGACGUUUGUGUUCGCAAGCUAGAAGGUGAAUGUCGUAAUGCCUUUUCAAAAACUGUUCCUAUUUUCAAGCACCCCCUUGCACGAAACACGGAAUGCACGAAAACUUCCUCACGUAGUCAAUGCUAUUUAAACCCUCCGCAUGUUAGACACUCCCCAUAUCAAAUAUUGGCCAUUGGAUCGGCUGUUCGUUGUAUGGUUAAUAACAUUUUUGUUGGGUUUUUAUAGUGCUUAUCGAAAAAUAUCUCGUGAAGUCAUGGGUCGUCAAACAUUUCAACAAUUUCAGGUAAGCAAGACUGACCAGAUAGGAGGGCCGAACUGCAGAGAUUUUAGACGGCCUUCAUAUCAACUAUACGUAUCCUACCGAUCCUAAUAUGCUCAGAGUUAGGGGCUGAUACCAUAUUACCAUGGAGAGUUCUCGGCCCGGGCUGAGUUUUAUCCCGGUUUCCCGGGCUGAAAUUUAUAUUUUUAAAUGUAAUCACAGUCUCGCAGGACGGCAAAUAAUAGACAUGAACAACAUUUUAAAUUCUUCGAAGCAGCGGAAUAGCUCCAUUUUGAGACUUGAUCAUUUCAGCUUGGGCCGAGAUUUUACACCAAUUUGAACUGAAAUUCUAACUCAUCCCCGGAUGAACUUUGCCAUGAUGAUUUUGAAACAAUUUCAGCCCGGGCUGAAAACUCCCCAUGUAAUCAGCAUCUUAUAGACUCAAGUCAAGUCAGGCAACUUCGGCUCGAGUCGUAAUUUUGGACUUGUUUUAGGGACUGGUCAUAAAGUAACUGCUAGGGUGGGCUGGAGGUAAAUCACAAAUUUUGCCAAUAAAUUUGGUGACCCAUCUUAGGAAGUAGAUAAAAAUUUCAAAGCCCAUCUAAUCUUACCAAAUUUAUUUCAUGACCCACCCACCCAAUCCAAAUUGGGAAAAUACACUUUUAUAAUAAAAAAAACCUUGCAUGCAUGUAUGAACAUUGUAAAUAUACACCGGCACUGUAUUGACAUACACUGUACAUAAUUCUACCAAGCUUGACCAACACAUUCAUCACCAAUAGACCUUAAUUUCCCCUUAUAACCAAAAUUUUCAUCUAGGCAAGUCUAGACAAUUAUUUCAUCACAGCUUGAAAGAGCAUCACAAAAUUAGUAAUAUUCCAAAGUUUCGUUGCGAAAUGUUGUAAAAUGAGGAAAAUAGAGCCUUGCAAAGUUUGCAAUUUUCAGUCAUUUUGCAUUACAAACGGGAAAUUGCAGCCCCAACACCCGAAUCGGAUGUCAAUUUCCCGUUUGUAAUACAAAAUGACUGAAAAACGGCAAACUUCGCAAGGCUAUAUUAUCCGCAUUUUACAAGAUUUUGCAACAAAACUUUGGAAUAUUACUAAUUUUGUGAUGCUCUUUCAAGCUGUGAUGAAUUUUUUGUCUAGAUCGAAAUUUUAGUUAUAAGGGGAAAGGUCCAUUACGAUACUGAGCUGUUCUCCAUUUGGUUGUAUUUGCUGUGAUUCGACCACUUCUUGUUGUUGUAUAAAACAAAGUACUGGCUUCAAUAGCAUCAUUUGCAUUUGAUAAUUUGGAUAGUUUUGUUUACUUUUCGAUUAUUAAUAUCUUUAUAUAAUAUAUAAUUAACAUGGGCUUUUGUUUGGUGGCCCAACCGUGGACAUACAAAAAAAUUGGCGGCCCAUCGAAACUGCCCAAAUUAAGAUUUUCCAUGGCCCAUCCCAAAUCACUCCAGCCCACCCUAGCAGUUACUUUAUGACCGGUCCCUUAAAUCCAUAGUUAAUAUAGUAGAAAAGGCACAUUAAGCCUGCCGCACAUGAGAGCAACUUGCUGAGAUAACCGCCUCGCGUGGCAGCUAGCUCAGCAAGUUGCUCUCGUGUGCGGGUAGUUUUCGUGAGGAUUUGACCUCUCAAGGCCUUGAGGAAAAUAUCUAUCGUGUUUGAUAUAUUUCACCUCGCGAGGAAAAAAUCUCAGCGCCGGCUCUCUUUCUCUCGCCUUCGCAUCCCCCCCCCCCAGCUUCUCGCCCUCCCCCCCUAAAUAGCGCCUGUUACGCAGGCUACGCCGUUUGCGGAUGUUGUGAGCUUAGGGCCCCGUUUACGCUAUAUCGGAUUGCUAUCGGAGGGGGUCAAAUUUUGUAGGUAUUGAAAGGCUGUGAAGAUUUUUAAUCUCAGAGACCCAAAUAAACAUGCCAAUUCUGUCAAACUAAUAAGCAUUUGCUACUAACUAUUGCUCCUUAACGGCAGAAGAUGAUGGCGUGACGAGCGAAUCCGGUAUAGUGUAAACGGGGCCUUAUUUUGAAGUAGCAAUUUCCCCUCCUUUACAGUAUAUGACGUCAUUUCAUGUCAUAUUUCCUGUGCUUAUGACUCGACAGUUAUGGUUUCCACUUUCCACUUUUCCGUUUUCAUUCCAAUACCGCGUGUGUAGCGAAGGAGCCUCAUCAUAUCACAGAGCUCAUAUUCAAGACGGAAAGCUACCAUUGUUGUAGCGGUUUUCAGCCUAGCAUUGCUGUCACAGUGAUAUUAUGCUGAUGACCACCUGGCAGCUUUAAUAUCAGCGUUUUCUUUGUUUAGUUCGUACGCUUCGCUACACUUCGUAUUAAUUUUUCAUAUCACCAAAUACAGUGUCGUAUAUUAAAAUACUCGGCAGUCGGCACUACAUCUCUGUAUAUCUCCUAUUCGAACGUUCGUUUCGUCUUUAAUUGUAACUUGAAGUGAAAUCGAACUCGAAGCAAGACUAAAGCAAGGUAAGGUCAAUUAGAACUUUUUCGUACAAAUAUUCAAUGCAUUUAUAUAUGUCGAUCAAAAUCAAAGAGUAAAUACUUCGAACAGCAUUACACAAUCCUAAUAUUAAGUGGGUAACCAAGGAAAAUAUAAUAUAUUACCGUUAGCGUUAAUAAAAGUUGCACUUUGUCUUUUGGGCUUCAAAGUACGCACAAAUAUAUUUAUCGUUGUAAUGAUAUUAAAAUCUUAUCUUAUGGAUUGAAACUUUGCCUAUUAACUAUGAUCGACAAAGCGCAAACAUUACUCCCAACAAAGCCAAUGUAUUAAGCAAUACAUAUAUUUUUCGCUCGCUCGGCCUUUGGUUUCAAAGUAAAUUAAUGCAAAACCCGGUCGAAUUGCAUUCACGCGAGCUAAUGUCUCGAGACACUGGUCAAGUGUUUUUUGAUCAGGGUUCAUCUGAAACUUCUUUAGCAUCACUCUGAAUCAUUCCUCGAGGACUGAACAAACAGUGUAUAUCGGCUUGUGACGGUUGUCGCCUCAGGCGUUUUGAUAUACGCAGAUUACUUGUUUUCGACAAGACGCUUAGACGCCCGACAACACAAAUGUCAAGCGCACAUGACGAGUCACAAGCUGAAAUUUCCUACUGACUACUGUAAUAUUUUGAAUUGAUGCUUAACCCAUGGAAGCGUAAAAUACACCCUGUAUUGUAGACUUGCCCACAAGUCGAAAACUGGACUUGUAUUGGUGUAUUGGAAAACGAGCCUUAAUAAAUAACUCUAUUCCUGUCAAGUACAAGAUUUUGUACUCCUGGGAAUUUACAGUAAAAUAGGUUAAAUAUAGCAUAAGUGCAUACCUGCAUAAAUGACUAAUUAGUAAAUUAUACACUUCUAUUCUGUUUUAUACGCCCCCAUGUGUUCAUCAUAAUAAUAAGGCAUUCAAAUUCCAACAAAGGCUUGAACCGCUUGGAUUUCAAAAGGUAUUUUUUAAUAAGUUGUGUGAAUUAUAUCAUACAUAAUAACAUAAACACUGGGCUAAUUACGCAUUCUGUUUACUCUGUCCAGCAAAGCAAGACAAGCUUUUGCUAAUUCUCAUCCACUGUUUAUCCAAAUUUAACCAAAAUUUAAUCAGUUUGCCCUUGUCAGCAAUUCCAUUAGUCGCACAAAUUUUCGUAUUAGUACCUUUGAUAUUUUUUUAAGUUGUCCUGCUGAUAGACAGAUACAUAUUAACUAUGUGCAGAGGGGGUUGGCAUUUGAAAAUGAUCAUUAUUAAUUAAGUGAUGCAGCUCACAGGUACCCUGGUUGCAAGCUCACAGGGUGCAUAAAUUCAAAUUUAGGGUAACUUCUAAUUGUAUGAACAAAUAUACAACUGAAAGAAAAAUGUUUAAAUUAAGCAUUAUUCAAGUCUGCAUAUUAAAGAUGUAAAAUGGCCAGCUUAAAUACUGCAGAGCAACGUUAUGUAUGGCUAAUUUGAAUAUGCAAGGGUGUACAUUUUUUUUAUACACCCUGCAGAACCUUGCCCUCUUUUGAACUUUGUUAUUUGCUUUGCUUGGCUGAACACUUAUGCCCGUAUUCUAAAAGCUCACUCACACUCAAUGAGUGGAGGUUCAAUCUGAGCUUCUCUUGAGCGUCAAUGCUGCUUUUGAAUAGCUGGAGGGGUGUUACAUAUUUGUUUUGUUAUUCUGACAUAUGUUAUUUAAGUCUUGUAAUUACUGACACGUAUCCGAGUCAGUGGAUUGAAGCUCAACCGAAGCAAAUGUGUCUUUGCCGUAGAAUCCCUCACAUUUCUGGGACACACCCUUUCUGCUAAUGGUGUUAAGCCUGAUCUCUCCAAAGUUGAAGCAAUCGUCAACAUGCCAAUUCCUGAAUCGAAAGGUGAUCUUCAACGAUUCUUGGGUAUGGUGAAUUAUCUGGGUAAAUUUGUCCCCAACCUCUCUCAAACCACCACUCCGCUUCGUGAAAUGCUCAAGAAAGAUGUUCAUUUUGACCUCCAGCAACCACAACUGGACGCCAUCCAAGAGCUGAAACGUUUGGUCACUUCACCUCCAUGCCUCAAGUUUUAUGAUCCAAACCUGCCUACUCGAUUGAAACCUGACGCAAGUGCUGAUGGUCUUGGUGCCCUCCUUGAACAAAACCAUGGUUCAGACGAUUCUCCCCAAUGGUUCCCCAUUGCCUAUGCAUCUAGAGCAUUGUUACCAUAUGAAAGGAACUAUGCACAAAUCGAAAAAGAAACCCUCUCGAUUGUAUUUGGAACGGAACGCUUUCAUGAGUACCUCUACGGUCAUCACUUCACUGUAUUCAAUGAUCAUCAACCACUCAAGUCAAUCUUCAGUAAAUCCAUCACUCAAUGUCCACCAAGAAUACAGCGCUUCUUCAUGAAGCUUCGAAAGUAUGACUUCGACCUUGAAUAUUCUCCUGGAAAAACCAUGGUCGUCUCAGAUGCACUCAGCAGGGCCUACCUCAACAACCAAUCAACUGAAAUUGAUCAACCUGAUUUGAUUCACUGUAUCCAAUUCACUUUCGACAACCUUCCCAUCAGCGAUGCUCGCCUGACUGAAUUUCAGAAAGAGACAGCCUCUGACACUACAUUACAGCAACUCAAGGAAUACACUCUUAAAGGAUGGCCACAACAACGUGACAUUCCUCAAACAGUCAAGCCAAGAUCUUGUUUCUAACUGUUCACUUUGCCUAACCUACAGAAACAAGCAACAGAAGGAAACUCUGAUUCAACCUACGGUUCCGAAUGCACCAUGGACAAAAGUUGCCUCAGACCUGUUUUCCCUUUAUGGACAUGACUACGUUAUCAUUACGGACUAUUUCUCAAAGUACAUUGAAAUUGAACGACUCACCGACAAAUCGAGCGCCACUGUGGUUAAUAAAAUUAAGAAGAUUUUUACUCGACACGCCAUUCCUAAAGAGCUCUGUUCCGACAAUGGUCCAGAAUACACAGCGGCAUGUUUCAAACAGUUUGUCAAAGAAUGGGACUUUAAACACACUACUUCAAGUCCUCACUUUUCGCAGUCCAACGGUUUCGUGGAAAGAGCAAUCCAAACUGUUAAGAAGAGUUUGAAAAAAGCACAUGAUGGCAACAAGGACCCUUACCUUGCCUUGUUAGUCCUCAAUACCACUCCUGGAAACGACAACAAGUCACCAGCUGCGCGCCUCUUCGGUCGUCAACCACGUUCCACAUUGCCUUCCCUAAUCCAACCUGCAUUUCCUCCUCCCCCUCCUCCCAAAGACACCCGAGCGAAGACAAAAGAAAGAUAUGAUCAACACGCUAAAGAUCUACCUGAUAUCCAACCAGGAACUGUUGUUCGAAUCCGUGCGAAGGAAGAUGAGAAAUGGAAUCAACUUGGUAAAGUCGUGGAGAAGUGUGCCGAGCCACGGUCCUAUCGUGUCCUCAAUAGUGAGCUUAUAUAAGGUGGCUCGAUAUAGUCAGAUAUAGUUAUCACGAAAACCCUGCUCAAGAAUCGCGAACUCAAAACCGGGUGACCAUUUCUACGCGCAGGUCGCGGAAACUGAUUAACAAAAUGACAGAACUUCCAAAAUUACCUGACGUAAGCAGCUGCUCGCGCCAUCUCACGUCAUUUCGCGUGUUCUAUAUAGCGUUUUAUGUCAAUUGCUGACGUCAUUAGAAUUUUCCAUUUUAGAAAAACAAUGCGCUAUAUCUCUUUAUUUUGUCUGGUGACCUAUGUUCAAAUUUUGCAUGCUGUAUUGCACCGCUAAAAACUUUCAUUAUACAAAAAAUAAAAAAAUUCUGUAAUGCCAAAAAAAUUUUACCGAAGAAUAUGACAUUUUCGCAUUUUCCAAAAAAAUGGCAUUACAGAAUUUUUUUAUAUUUUGCUAAUUGUUAGCUUUUCGUCCAAGUACACAAUAAUGCAAGAAAAAAAAUUGGGGGUCACCAUGCUUCUUUUCCAACUAUACGAGACGAAAGGCCAUUUUGGAGUGUAUUUUGUACACGUAUGUCGUCAUAGCAACGAACUAUCUGUUACUAAAACUAAUAUAAUUUGAAAGUAGAGAUAUCGAAAUAUAUAAAAAACCUAAUAUCUGCUGAAUAUAUUCUAAAAAUGCAUAGUUUGAACAAUUCAAAGUGUUGAACACCUGAAUUUUGAAAACUGUAUCGAGCCACCUUAAGCAAUUGACGUUUUUGACAACACGGACGUCGACCGGAAGUAAAGUUGACGUUUUUCACCAAUCACAGCCCUUGACCCAGUCUUCUGACGUUACUCAUGCCGUUCGUGUUGUCAAAAACGUCACUUGCUUAAGCUCACUAAUGACAAAGGAAACAUUGUGAGACGCAACCGCCGCCACCUUAUCCCGUGUAAGGACAGAUUCCAGAUCCGGAAUGACUUUGAUUAUGAUGAUCUACAAGUGACAACUCGACCCAGUUCUCCAGAACCACCAAACGAAAUCGUCACAAGAUCUGGUCGAGUCGUUCGAAAACCGUCUAGAUAUAGCUAGACAAAUAAACGUUCAUUCACGCAAACUUUAUUAACUUUAUAUUUGUUUAAUCUCCAACGGGAGAUGUUACAUAUUUGUUUUGUUAUUCUGACGUAUGUUAUUUAAGUCUUGUAAUUACGUCAUACAAUGCGUUCGCGCCAAAUAUAUGUUUUUAUAUUCUCUGUCUUAAAAACGUGUGUAUUCAAACAGAACAAGGGGUAGUGCCAUAUGUUACUAUGUGUCCUAUGUGACUGCUCACCCUCCUGCUAUUCAAAAACAGCAUUGAUGCUCAAGAGAAGCUUAGAUUGAACCUCCACUCAUUGAGUGUGAGUGAGCUUUUAGAAUGCGGGUGUUAAACUUACACUGCAGGGGGUGGAAAAAGUAUCGGAACCACAGGAAUUCCUAGAAAAUAUUUCCCCAAGAAAGAAAAAUUGUAAUAAUUCAGAUAAAAGGAGAAAUUCACACCAUGUAAUAGACUUUAGUAGAAUCAUACUAGUAUACUAUUGCAAAUCUGUAAUUUGAUUCUCUACUCACGAUAGAUAGCAAGUAGCGAAACAAUCAUUAUCCUGGCGCAUAGUUUUAAAAAAAAUGGCAAUAUUUUAAGGAAUAUUGUGGAAUAUUUUAUGUUUGAUCUCUGAUCCUGAUGAAACAAUUGGAUCACUUGCUCUCAAUUUCUAUGAGGUGAACAUUCGGUCGAACAACAGGACGCAUGGCAAUUCCUGUCAUUCAAUGUGGAAUGAGCGACUAGGGAUGAGUCAGCGAUGUUUGAACAAUGUUUCACCUGUGCAAUAAACACUUGAACGGGUGGAUGAUUUUUUAAGAUUUAAGUGGCAAUUAAACUCAACCGAUGAUUUAGAAUUAUUAAUAUAUCAUCAACUGUUCAUCUAUCUACUAAGAUAUUAGUGAGUUAAUAACAACUGACAAGGGCAUGCAACGGCAAGUGAUUACCAACAAUAGAAUUUUUACUUUAAUUAAGACAAAGGCGACUGUAAAUUGCCCUGGAGCAUUUUAGUAUGUCGUAGACGUAGUUAAAACUGCUACGUUAUUUACAUCAUUUUUGCGGCUCAUAACUAUGCCUGCCCAACAGUUAAAAUGUUCAGAAUCAUGUGGGGUGUUUUAUGUGAAUUCACUGACUAUUUAUAAUAAAAAAAGAUCAUUACUUUUAAGAGGAAAACAAAGUUUAAUAAUGUAUGCUUUGGCUUGCAUACUAAUAUGUAAGUAAUUUUGUUUUCUGCCGGUUGCCAAUUAAAUUCUCUAAUGUCUUGAACAGGGGAUACCAAAUAUUUUUUAUAUCCUAAAUCUUAGUUGCAUAGUAAAGCAUUGGAAUAAGAAACUUCGAUUCACACCACGGUCAAUUUUCCCGCUUGCCCGGGGUGGAACCAGCGUCAUCUACAAUCAUUCGCAUGAGUCAUGAUGAGAAUCAUUAGAUUUCAAGGUUCAUAUACCUUCAUAAGCUAAAAAACCCAGGACCUUCAAGGACUUUUUUCUUUUGUUUUCCAGGGAUAUUUGAAAUAUGGCAAAAGUAAUUUUGAUAAUAAGCCGGGCAGGUUUUUCACCAAUCUCUAGGGCAACAUAGUUAUUCCAAUUAGAAAUACCUUAUACACCUAUCAAUGUUAAGCCCCAGAGGGGGUGGGCAUAUAUGGGGGAUUUGAUCGAUCUUUGUCUCCCCACCCUCGGGAAUUUGAUCCUUAUUUUCGUCCCGAGGGUGGGGAUAUUUGAAUUCAGUGAUCAGUAGUGAAUAUUUGAAACUGGAAGUUGCGACCGCAAAGAAGAGCAUGUUUUAAAGCCUGGGACGAAUGACUUCGCUUCCAUUUUGAAGGAAAUUUCCUUUUCGAAGGAAAUUUUAACUAAUUUUGAAGGAAAGGAAAUUCGAAUCUGAAGGAAAUUUCGGAAGAUUGAAGGAAAUGUGAAGGAAAUUGUCUUAUUUCUAAAAAAUCCUAAUACGGCAAUUUCCAAGGAAAUGCGCUUCAAAAUAUGCUGAAAAUCCUGUCCCUUUUGACUUAGAUUUCCAACCCCACAGUGGGGAAUUUGAUCACAUUUGACUUCGAUUUCCAGCCCCACAGUGGGGCUUUUGAUCGAAAAUUUGCACAAAAAGCAAAAUCCCCCAUAUAUGCCCCCCUCCCCCUCUGGGGCUUAACAUUGAUAGGUGCAUUACUGCACUGGUUUUCUUGUUUCGUGUUCUUUUGAAUAGGGAGUAGGGACAUCAAGUACUUUCAGCAAACUGCAUGUUGUUUUUGUGACCUUGUAAAAUACUGUGUAAUGACAUUGUCAAUCAUGUUGCUCUAAAUCAGCAAUUUAUCCUGCUGCAUUUACAGCAAAAAUGUUGACAAAUAUUGACUUCCAAUUUCAUGAUAGCGAAUAAGCCAUGUCUUAAUUGUGGCCAAAUUAUGGGUCACUGCUGAAGCCAUCUCAACAAAAUAUAAUGUGGGUUGGGGACGGACCAUAAGACUUGAUGGGAGGGGGGGGGGCUGCUUACAGCUGCGUAUGUAAUUGUUUUCUUAUGUCUUUUUUUGUUUUUAAAAGUCCAGAAUGGGGCCAGAAAGGGAUCCAGAAUGGGGGUCCACGUUUUCUCAACCCCCGAAUUUAACUUAUUUUCUGAUAAAUCUGCCCGAAUUUUCUUGAUUUUUCCUAGUAUUUGCCCGAAUUUCUAUGGUUUUCCAAAAUUUUUGGGAGGCAGUUGCCCCCCUCCCCGUCUCGUAUGCCCGUUUAAUGUCACAAAUUAUGGCGCGUACUGUACUGCUUUUUAAAAUACAGUGUGUGACAGUCUUUCUUGUCUUUCAGUACUCGUGUAAACGUGACUAAAAUUAAUAGAAAAUUACACUAGUUCUUGAAGUAUUAAUGAAAAACCAUGUGUUGUGUUUGGCACAAUAUUUAGAUUACCGCUCAAAUAGUUUCGCCAAACAUGUGUGCAAUUUUUCAUUACAGUCAAUGUAAAUAGUUCUCGAACCGUGCAAUUUCCUGUUACACAAUUAUGCAAUAAUUAUCGCCUAAGAACCCUGAGAUAUUAUCAUUUAUUCAUUUCAGCAAUGGACACGCAUAUAACAGAAAACAACAACGUAGAGGACAUAUUUACCUUUGGAAAUCUAUUUCAACAAGAUCUUCCACAUGCCUAUAUCCUCCCAGUAUAUCCAAGCUCCUUCAACAAAGUAUUUCGUUUCAGAAAUGAAAACAAAUACAGAAUUUUCAACAUUCCCAAGGAAUCAAACGACUCGAAACGUUUCCUAGUGCCCCUCCGCAACUGUUGUGUUGCUGGUAACGAACUGCCUAUCUUGGUACAUACACUACCAAGUGAGUUCCUCUCAUCUCAUUGGAAGGAAUGGUGCCCACAUUUUGUUGAACCUGUGGUGAAAACUAUUGAUGAAGGAAUAGCAGAUAAAAAUACUCUUAUCACAUUGUUCCCACUGGAAGCGAUACCCGACGAAAAACAUGCGGUCGAAACAAACAUGCAUUAUAACAUUCUGAAGAAAGUUGCAGUUGCUGAAACUGGUGCACCAUAUCCAAAAUAUUACACUGAAGAUAACAUUGAAUUUCCUUGUAUGAUCAAGGUACGUGUUGAGUUAUAUCCAGUGCAUGUAAUUAUACCAGAAAACAAGUAAACCUACCAUACCUUAAAUAGUUUUGUUUGUGGAAACACCACGUAAAUUUAUUACUGCAAAGCUUUCGAUCCGUAAGCCCGGAUCUUCAUGGCUAUUAGUAAAACACGGAGCACGGAGCACACGGAGCACGGAGUACGGAGCACACGGAGCACGGAGCACGGAGCACACGGAGCACGGAGCACACGAACUACGGAGCAGUAGAAAAACGAAAAUCCUUUAUAAUAAAAUACACUGUUUACUACAAAUUUUUAUUACAAAUUUUUGUUCUUAUUAAUAAAGUUUUUUCGCGUUUUACACGUUGAGGAAGUAGAAAAAUGUGGCUUUUACUGCACAUAUGAUGCAAAACUGCCAAAAGCCAUAGUAUUUAAAAUAGGAUUGUGCCUGUGAAACUCGUCACAUAUCUAUCAAGCUUAUGAGUUAUGUAGUUAUAUCAGUAUAUUCCGAUGGCCAACGCAUUAAGAAACACUUAGAGAACAGCCGAUAUAUUUCGUUACCCCUGCCAAAAAAUAGCCAAGUACUCAUCUUUCAAUGUAGCGGAUCGACUGAACAUUAUAAAAGCUUGUCAUGGAGAGAAGUGAAUUUUCGGUUUAUCCUUCGUCCCAUGAGUGACCAGUGAGCAGUGUGCUGUACGGCCUACGCCGGUUUAAACCGUUAUACAUAAUUACUGCUUUCAUUCUUUCAAUCCGUUUUGAAUAUUCGGAAUCAUUCACUAUUAUAUUAUAAAACUGUAUAAGAUAGCUGUAGAACUAUAAACGCUGUAGACAGUGUAGAAUAAAAUAAAUAAAGAAAACUACGUUUUAUCGCGGUAUUUGCCGAUAAAUCGGUAACCGCUACAAAAAAACAGAACAAAUUACAGUAAAUCACAACAAACCGCGGAAGUGGGACAAUUUUUGUAUUUUUACUGUAAGACAUGCAGAACAUGUACGAAAUCCAUACAGAAGCGUGUGUGUAUUCUAUACUUUUGAAACAACUAAAUCAGACUUCGGAAAAUUUGACAGUAUUAAAGCUACUUUUGAGAAUUUAGAUUUUAGGUCUUUGUUUUACAUGUACCCAGUAAAUAUUUUCAGUGAGUUUUGAACUCUGAUUCUCACAAGCUUACAAUUUGUUUACAAUUUACUCUGGCUCUGCCGUGCUGCACGGCAGAGUUGAUCGGAAUUGUAACAAAUACGCGUACACUUAAAUGGCUUCCUGAAUUUAGUCAAUCAGAUGUGUAAAAAUUACUCGUUUCAAUAUUAUGUUUAUGCUCGAAACUGCUCAUGUUUACAAUAGCAAUUCUAACAAUUUUGCCCUCCUUUUCGCCUUUGAGGCGUUGGUGUUGAUUUAUACACAAAAUUCAAAACUCAAAAAUAUUUACUGGUCUGGGUACAUGUAAAACUAUUUUUCCUCUCCCCUUCGCAAUGAAAAUAAUAAAAAUAAACCUCUGGAACCAGGGUAAUGUAAAACGAAGACCUAAAAUCUAAAUUCCCAAAAGCAGCUUUAAUACGGUCAAAUUUUCCGAAGUCUGAUUUAGUUGUUUCAAAAGGAUAGAAUACACACACACUUCUGUAUGGAUUUCGUACAUGUUCUACAUGUCUUACAGUAAAAAUACAAAAAUUGUCCCACUUCCGCUGUUUGUUGUGAUUUUAAUACUGUAAUUUGUUCUGUUUUUCUGUAGCGAUUACCGAUUUAUCGGUAAAUACCGCGAUUUGAAAACUUACUUUUCUUUAUUUAUUUCAUUCUACAGCAUUUAUAGUUCUACAGCUAUCUUAUACAGUUUUAUAAUAUUGUGAAUGAUUCCGAAUAUUCAAAACGAAUUGAAAGAAUGAAAGCAGUAAUGAUGUACUGUAUAACGGUUUAAACUUAGCCGGCCGUACAGCUCACUGGCACUGCCACCGGUCACUGAGCCGAAGGAUAAACCGAAAAUUCACUUUUCUCAUCACAAGAUUUAAUGUUCAGUCGAUCCGCUACAUUGAAAGAUGAGUAUACUUGGCUAUUUUUUGGCAGGGGUAACGAAGUAUAUCGGCUGUUCUCUACAGUAAGUGUUUCUUUAUGUGUUGCCCAUCGGAAUAUAAUAUAACCACAUAAGCUUGAUAGAUUAAGAUAACGAGUUUCACAAUCCCAUUUUAAAUACUAUGGCUUUUGGCAGCCUGGUUUUGCAUCAUAUGUGUUUUUCAGUAAAAGCCCCAUUUUCCUACUCCCCCAACGUGUAAUACGCGAAAAAAACUUUGUUAAUAAUAACAAAAAAUUGUAAUAGUAAACAGUGUAUUUUAUUAUAAAGGAUUUUCGUUUUUCUACUGCUCCGUACUUCGUGUGCUCCGUACUCCGUGUGCUCCGUGCUCCGUGUGCUCCGUGCUUUACUAAUAGCCGAUCUUCAUCAGUGCUAAUAAUAUUUAAUUCACACGCUUUUUUGUGAAUUAAACAAGUCACAUAUUAUUAGCACUGAUGAAUAUCCGGGCUUACGGAUCGAAAGCUUUGCAGUAAUAAAUUUACGUGGUGUUUCCACAAACAAAACUAUUAUAUUUUUCGCCAUGCAAACAUACAAAGAACUUACUACAAUACCUUACUAUAUCCAAUUUUAUCCUAUACAAACUUAUCCUACUUUGACCCAGUGAACUCCAUGACUUUUAUCUGGAACGAUAACAUGCGGGAGAAACGUGAAGUCAAUGCCAACGCCACUUCACGCACCAGUUGUUGCAAGCUGCAAACACGUUGUUACAAAUCUGUUCACAAGUUGUCUUCGCACUGCUUGUUCCAAGUUGUUGUAACAAGUUUGGAACAAGCUGUUAACAACUUGGAACAAGCUUGAUGGCAUUAUCAGACUUGUAGCAAAGUUGUUCUAACAAGUCUGAUAUUACAGUCAUGAUGUAACAAGAAUGUUACAAGGUUGAUGACACAAGGUUGUAACAAUAUUGUUAUAUCAUGACUGUAUCGGACUUGUUGGAACAACUUUGCAACAAGCCUGAUAAUAUCAACAAGGUUGUUACAAAUCGUUAACAGCUUGUAACAAACUUGUUGACAACUUGGGACAAGCAGUGUGAACACAACUUGUUGACGGCUUGUUGGCAGACUUGCUAUAAGAUGCGAGUUUUUACAUGUGUAACGCCAGCGUGAUGACGCGUGCUGAUUCGUGAUAGACUGCGCGGUGAUGGGGUAUAAGGGGACUGAAAUUGACGUACUACAUGGCGUGGCGAUGGACCGCGCGGUGAUGGCGUAUAAAGAGACCAGGGCGCUAUAAAACACGGGCGGGGAAACCCGCUGAUCCAUGUGUGAUGCGGAUGGGGCUGGCGCGAGCGCGCUCAUUUUUCAAAAUGAAAAGAAAAAAGGAGCGAGAAAUGGCAGAAAAAAUUACAGAAAGUUUUAUAGGAAAGCAUCCUUAUACAAGAGAUAAGAAUUGCUUUUUUUUAAUGAAAUUUAUAGUGUCCUAAUGCUAGAUUAAUGGACAAUAAAUGUCUCAUAUUAAUUAUCGACAAAAAUGACUAAACUAAUAUAUAUUCCCAUUUUUUCUGUCGCAAGUGUAAAUUUUUUUCAUCAAAAUUUUCGAGUUUGAAAGGGCGCAUUUUGGCUUUAAAUUGGCCUUUCACCAUGGAUAAGUUGGCAAAAGUUAUUUUGAAAUCAUCAUCCUCUUCACCAUUUAAUGGCCAUUCUAAUACAUAUAGUGAGCGAAUGGACUUUUUGACUUUUUGCUAUAUUUAAUGUUUUCUACAACCUAUACUGUACUUCUCUCGCCCGGCCCGGAAGAAAGACUUGCAAAUUUAAAACAACAUAUUAACAAAAACAUAAUAUAUAUUGCCCCUUUUGCUGGCUAGAGACUAUACAGAAGCCCGACUUCUUGGUUUUUCCUAUGAUUUUGACGUAAUUGUAAUUCGUCAUCAAAAUGCUGACGCCAUGGUCCUAGCCAGUGCGCUUAUGAGAGGCAUUCACCCCCCUGAUAAUAUUCAAAAUGGCGGACAUCAAGGGGGGAAUGCCUCUCAUAAGCGCACAGGCUAGGACAUUGAACUAUAAGUAAACUUAUAGUUCACGUUUACUUAUAGUUCAAUGGGCUAGGACCAUGGCGUCAGCAUUUUGAUGACGAAUCAUGGCGUGGCAGCGGUUACGCUUUUUUUGGGUGAGUCGACUUUCUAUGUGUCUGUAUUCUGUGGUUAUCGUUCCAGGUAGAGUAAAAUAAAUUGAGUUCACUGCCUUGACGUUCCUUAUUCCACUUCAUUCUAAUUGAGCCCUAUCUAUCCUAACUUAUCACAUUCAUCCUAUUACACAAUCUUAUUAUAGCAUGUCUUAUUUAACAUCAUUAUUUUAUCAUCUCACUUUUGAAUUGAUUUUAAUUGGGCUCUUUGCUAGGGAAUGGCCGUCUCCCCAGAGUGUUGCUACAACUCCCCAAUAGAAGCAUCAUUCUGCCUCCGUCGUGUCCCACGCAGCAGUGCCACUUACUCCCCCAUGUGCCAAUAGCUUUACGAAAGUAUAAUCUGAACCUCCCUAAUACCUUCUUGUGUAAUUAUGUUUAGAUUGAUCAGAGCCUCAGUGGUAUGGGCAACUAUGUGACGCGAAAUCGUGAAGAAUUUGAAAAAACCUCGAAAAUGGUCAAGAAUAGAUUUGGAUUGGAUUCAGAUUACGUCAUUUCAGAAUAUAUCCAAGACGUACAAAGCACACUUGACUGUGGGUUCUACGUGACGAAAUCUGGACGCAUUAUCAACAUUGGAGUUCAGGAUUGCAUUAUGGAUAAAUUUUCAAACGAUGGUGGAACAAUAGACUGGGACAAACAAGAGCAGUAUAAGGAGCGACUCUAUGAUAAAUUUGUGGUGCCGGUCGCCAAAUACCUACACGAGAAAGGCUUCUUUGGAGUAGUAGGUAUCGACAUAGUUACGAGUCCUGGUGGAGAUUAUCUGGUCGACUUAAACCCGCGUAUUAAUGGCAAUACAGCAUAUCUAAUGCUCGCAGGAAGCAUGGCGAAAUUUGGCCUCUCAAAGUCUUUUUUCGCAAUAUCUUCAAGUUUCGAUGGCACAAGUGAACAAUUGGUGAAGAAAGCGAAUUCUAUCAACGAGAGGAAAGAUGGUGGGAGAGUUAUUGUUAUGGCUGCCACUGACGAAGGAGACAAAUGCCAUGCAAGCGUUUCAGUGUUUGGUGAUACCAUGGAAUUGGUAAAAUCUUUAUACAAACGACUUGGUGGCAAGGAUUGA